GCCACUACAUUCUAGUCAUUGUGGUAGCAACACAGGGUCAAACAGUGACAACACAAUUUGAACAGGAAGAGAUUCACAAAUGUCAGUUGAUUGUCUCGAUUGUGCACUAGCUACCACAAUAAUAUCUGAAACCGAUUACUGUAUGAAAAUACAGAUCAGUGUUCGUUGGUUGUAAGUGAACAAUGACCGCAGCGGCGCGCCUGGUUACAGCCGCAGGGGGUCCUGCUUCUUUAUGCCGAUUUCGCGGUGCCCUGGUCGGUGCAGUUCUGGGAGACUGCAUCGGCGGAGAGUUCGAAGGGACUGAAGAGGUACCUUUGGAUCGAGUUCUGCAGCAUCUGGAAGGUUUGGAGGACGAAACUCGUGGCGAUUGCAUAUUGCAGUACAGUGAUGACACUGCCAUGACUCGCUGCGUGGCUCAUUCCCUGCUGACCAGGGCAGGGUUUGAUGAGCAGGAUAUGGCCAGAAGGUUUGCUAAGGAGUACAACUUGGCUCCUGGCCGGGGCUAUGGCGCCGGCGUCAUACAGGUCCUCAAGAAGCUGGCGUCUCCGCAACUCAGCGACGUCUUCCAGCCUGCACGCGCUCAGUUUGGGGGACGUGGAUCCUUCGGCAAUGGGGGCGCCAUGAGGGCAGCGCCCUUUGCCCUCGCCUUCCGAGAGCGAGUAGACAUCCAGAGGUAUGCUCGUCUAGGGGCCAUGCUGACCCACUCCUGCUCUCUGGGGUACAACGGAGCCAUCCUCCAGGCUCUGGCUGUGCACCUGUCCCUGCAGGGGGCGCUAGCACUCCCCCAGGACUUCCUCAACACACUCAUCACUGAGAUGGAGGAGCUGGAGAAGGAUGAGUCGACCCGCAGUGACGCCAGAGUGCUGAAUGAAUCGGAGUUUCCAUUUUGUGCUCGUUUGCAUCGGGUGAAAGAGUUAAUGGAGAGGAACAAAGUGAGCAUCGAGGAGGUCAUCUCUGAACUCGGAAACGGUAUUGCUGCCCUCCACUCUGUCCCCACGGCCAUCUUCUGCGUGCUUCACUGCCUGGAGCCCCGCGAGGGCCUCCCCGAGAAGUAUGGUGGCCUGGAGAGGACACUGGCCUACAGCCUGGCCCUGGGAGGCGACACGGACACCAUUGCGUGCAUGGCGGGCGCCAUCGCCGGGGCGCACUACGGGAUCGAGGCCAUCCCGCAGGCGUGGCAGCGGUGCUGCGAGGGCUCGGAGGAGGCCGACAUGCUGGCACAGAGACUGCACAGCAUGUACCACAGGGCGCCCCCCGAAGGCGACGCAGGGUUACUGGGCUCCGGCAACAGCCAGAUGCACUCGCGCAGUGGUGGCAGCUCGGAGCCUCAACCCCCAGAGUGAACAGGGAUACUCCAAAUACACAUGCGCAGUAUGAACACACACACACACACACACACACACACACACACACACGACGAACACAAACAUCUCCUUGCAGAGUGACUGUUUGGACAGUGAUUCACUUUACAUUUAUAUGUAUACAUUCAGACCUUAUCUAAGGACCCAAAUGUGCGCACACAGACACACACACACACACAUACAUACAAAACACACAUACAUACAAAACAAAGAUGUCCCCCUGUUUAUGCAAAGUGUUUGAACACCAACACGCAUGCGCACACAUACACAUACGCCAACAAACCUCAAUUAACAUACACAAGAACAACAUGACAUGCUACACACCACACAUGUACAACAUAGGCACAUGACACAUUCUGGACAAUGCAGAGUUACACCCAACGGCCCAACCGUUUAACAUCCGCAGAACCUCCGGUCUUACACGUAUGUCUGAAAGCCCUAACUGAUACUCAAACAUUUCUUAUGCAAGUUACACACACACACACACACACACACACACACACAGGGUGGGGAUAACCAGCUAACCAUGCCGCACACACACAAACACCUUAUUUUUGCACUACACUGAUUUUGUGCAAAUGCCUCUGACAUUCAAAUUAAAACUUUUGAUGUGAAGCUGUUGUUAUUAUUGUGUAUGCCCAGAGAAAAUUUACAAUAAAAUAAAGAUAAUUAAAUUAUCUGCAAA